UGCUUUCGGUUUCUCGGGAAGUGCCGGAGCCGAAGCCCCGGAUGUUCUGAGGCGGCCGAAGGAGCCGAGAUGGCGGCGCGUUCGGGGGUCGGUCCCGUACCUGAGUCUUCAGGCUUAGCCCUAAGGGAGCUGGUGCCAGACAAGGCCUCGACGAGUGCGGAGGUGAGCUAUGAUUUUGGACAAUUCCGUAGCAGUCUAAACAUGGACUCACCAUGGAAGGGAAACUGCCAGGACUGCGUGAGGGAGGAUCUUCCAGAAGUGACACCGAGGAGAAUCCGUGACUUGCUGGGACACCGCACUGCGUACCGAGCUCACCUCCCUGGUGCAGGCAUCUUCCGGUGCUCCAUCACAGGCCUUGGCUUCGAGGUGAAGUCGGCAGUGACCGUCACCUACAGAUACGACACCUGGACCACGCACCUGAGCAAGGCUGACCAGGAAAUGUGGAUGCCUGCCGGACCCCUCUUCCACAUCGAGGUGCAGCCCGGGGUUGUGGAGGCAGUGCGUCUCCCCCACUUCAUCUGCCUGGCAGAAGACGUAAAUACCAGCCUGUGCUCCAUUGCCCACUUUGAGUCUGGGAAGAUGACCCUGGAGAGUCCGACCAGACUGAUGGCUUUCUCUGCCGUCCUGGAGAAUCCCAGCUUCUCAGCGCUCGGGGUGCUUUGGAGGAGGAUACGUUCAGCCUUCUGUUCACUCCCUGUGCACUCUUUGGUGUUGAUCUUCCAGCGGCUCAAUGCUGCAAGUACAACUCUUCACCUCUACCUGAUCCCAGAUGACAAGUCCGUGAAGCGGGCCAUUGAAGAACAAGAAGUGAAUUGGAAUUCAAAGCUUAUUCCCAAGCCUCCUCCAUUCAGAACUCUGUUCUUGGGCCGCAAUUACCGUGUGACCAGUACAAAGCAGGCAGAGAUAACACCUGAAGAACAGUUGCCACUUUGCCACAAGAAUCUGAACGAACAGCAGCCCUUUGUCGAGAUUUACAUCGCGGACAUGGGAGGGGGAACUGGGCUCCAUAUGACAGACACGCGCGAUGGCACUGAGGUCUGGAAGGCAUCACUGAGAUCAGGUGAUAUUGACCACUCUGCCUGUGUCUUCAAGGCCUCGUCAGGUGCAGCCUUCCUGAUGGAGUACAAAACCGCACUUUGCUCCAGGAUGAGGCAGCUCCCCACCAUUCUGCUGCACUUACGGGAUGCAGAUGUCAUCAACAGCGAUGAAGAGGAGGAGGUGCUAGGUCAAGGUACAAGUAAAAAGAAGAAUCGAGUUUUGCUGGAGCUAGUUAAGAAGAAAGGGGUGCGGGCCCAGGAUCGGCUCUACCAGAUCCUCCAGGUAGUAGACCCAUACCUCAUGGAAGACCUGGCGUUCAGCUAGGCCGGGGAAAGCGGUCUGCGUUUGCUCCCGUUACUCAGCUUACGGGAGUAAGUUUACCACUGGUAAGUUUACCAGUGCCUGAAUUCUGACCUCUCGAUGCCAAAUCCAUGGUGCAAAUCAGCAAUAAGCCUUCUGAACCACCCCGUCUCAGGCCUGCCUUGCUGGGCUGACUUGGUUGCCACUGGUGGGAAGCUGCUGGAACAAGAGACCUUGGUUCCCGAUGCAGUGCCAAUAUCUCGGCCCUGCCUGCCUCCCUGCCACAGGCAGCUGUUGGCAGAGGACCUCCCCUCAAAACAGGUGCCUCAAGCUCAACCUCCCCACCCUCAGUGUCCGUGGGCGCUUCUCACGGCUGGAAGGGGGGAGCCGCUUUUCCCCGUAGCGCUGUCUGCAAAGGCUGGUUCUCGCGCGCGAGCCGCAGCAAGCCAGAGAUGGUGAUAGGAACCCGUAUCAACAUCAAACUCCAGCCCAGUUUACCCAAAUGACCCAAAUUCACUGAAGGAGCAAACGAGCAUCCUGACCCCAGCAGCAGUGGGUGAGGGACAUCCCCUCACCCAAAGAAGCCAUGGAAAACAGCAAGAUGAGAGAUACAGGUUCAGGCAACCUCAGGGAAGGUCCGCCUCAAUAGCAGCUCCUUUAUGUUCAAAAGAAAGCCAGCGGACCGUUUUUAAAUCACAUCCGUAGCGUCCAUAACGUCAGUUCCUUUCUGGGUCGCGUGGAUGCCUUCACUGGUGGUGUCCUCCUGCUGCUGAACACGCCGCUCGGGGCAGGAGCAGUCUGCUCUGGUGUCCAGUGGCUAAGAAGAGAUUUUUUGGGUGUGUGUGUCAAGCUCAGGUGAAAUUCAGCCUUGCCAGAGUGGAGAGAGCAACUUCUAGAAGCUCAAAGGAGCUUCCAGGGAGUGUUGAGUGGAACGGUCCCACCACACGCUCUGGGGCUUUGUGGGGUGGAAAUGAGACUGCUGUCUCCAGUAUUGCUUUGUAUUUAUUCCUUCUGGUAAACGCCUGGAGAACAUGUCGCUGCUGGAACGUGCGAUUGCAGCGUGUCUCUGCUCCGCUGAGGGUUGAGGACCUUCAGUGCAGUCAGGGACAGUAUGAAGGGGAGCCAGGAGGAACAAAGGGGAGGCAGAAAGUGGGGUAAAAGGGGCCACUCAAGUAUAAACUGGGGCCAGUGUGGCCGAGCCCUGGGCCUGGCUGCUACGCUCUGUCCUAUCUCUUUAAAUAUAUUAUAUAUAUAUGUGCUUAUAUUAUAUAUAUGUAAUAUAUAUUUAUAUUGUGGAGGAAAAGAAAGCUAUCAGAAGUACUCAACAUGGAUUGACCAAGGGGAAAUCACGUCUGACCAGUCUGACAGCCUUCUAUGACGGCGUGGCUGGAUGGACAGACGAGGGGGGGGCAGUGGGUGGUGUCUGCCUUGACUUCAGCGAGGCGUUCGACACGGUGUCCCACAGCAUCCUCACGGGGAAGCUUAGGAAGUGUGGGUUGGAUGAAGGGACAGUGGGGGGCAUUGAAAACUGGUUGAAAGACAGAGCUCAGGGGGUCGCGAUUAGGGGCACGGAGUCUGGUUGGAGGUCAGUGAGGAGCGGUGUUCCCCAGGGGUCAGUGCUGGGGCCAGACCUCUUCAAUACAUUCAUCAUUGCCCUGGAUGAAGGGACAGAGCGCACCCUCAGCAGGUUCACUGAUGACACAAAGCUGGGGGGGGUGGCUGACACCCCAGAAGGCCGUGCCGCCAUCCAGAGAGACCUGGCCAGGCUGGAGAGUUGGGCGGAGAGAAACCUGGGGAAAUUCAACCAGGGCAAGUGCAGGGUGCUGCACCUGGGGAGGAAUAGCCCCCCGCACCAGGACAGGGUGGGGGUGACCUGCUGGAGAGCAGCUCUGUGGAAAGAGACCUGGGAGUCCUGGGGGACAACAGGAUGCCCAUGAGCCAGCAGUGGGCCCUGGUGGCCAAGGAGGCCAAUGGCAUCCUGGGGGGCAUCCAGAAGAGCGUGGCCAGCAGGUGGAGGGAGGUCAUCCUCCCCCUCUGCUCUGCCCUGGGGAGGCCGCACCUGGAGCGCUGUGUCCAGUUCUGGGCUCCCUGGUUCAAGAGGGACAGGGAACUGCUGGAGAGGGGACAGCAAAGGGCUACCAAGAUGCUGAGGGGACUGGAACAUCUCUCUUGUGAAGAAAGGCUGAGGGAUUUGGGUCUCUUGAGUCUGGAAAAAAGACGACUGAGGGGGGACCUUAUCAACGCUUAUAAAUACUGAAAGGGGGGGUGUCAGGAGGAUGGGGCCAGGCUCUUCUCAGUGGUGCCC